AACCCUCAAUGUACAUAACGCAUCGUCAUCAUCCCAACCACCAUUUCCCUUCAAACACCUCGAAGAGUGUGUUAUCAGUGUGACUGCCUAAUUGAGGGAAGCACAAUGACGAUCGCAUUAAUGUUAGCGAGAUCAAGAGGUUGAAAAUAUAGCCUCCACCUGCCAUGCGAGGUGCCAAGGCACACAUAAUUUCCAGCAUGGACACGUUUGGUCGCCAUGUACCAUUUACCUCAUUGCGCCGCCAUUGUUUCUCGCCAACCUCGCCGCCGUAGGCUUGGUUCACGCUCGCCAGGACGAUGUCCGAAGUAAUGUCCGACAAAGCUCAAGGGCUUGACUCACAGACUUUCUUGACUGCACUUAUCACGAAUACAGGCGUUCUUGCCGUGGAGAUUGUCGCUUUCGUUUUUCUCAAACAUCGCUUCAGCAGGAUCUACGAGCCUCGUUCAUAUUUGCCGCCGCCUGAUAAACGAGCCAUCGACCUACCGAAGGGCCCGUGGAAAUGGCUACUUGCUGUAAUCGCUGUACCCACUAAUGAUGUGCUUCACAAGAACGGCAUGGACGCGUACAUGUUCCUCCGCUUCCUUCGACUCCUCAUAAUUCUCUUCGCAUGUAUCACGCUUAUGACCUGGAUCAUUCUACUGCCUGUCGACGCCGCGCAUAUACAGGAUUCUAAUUUCAGUGACGGACUAGCGCAGCUUAGUUGGGGAAACAUUCCGUCGCAUGCACGCGGCCGCUACGCAGCUCAUAUUCUUGUUGCCUAUCUAUCUACUUUCCUGACGCUCUUCAUGAUUCGGAAGGAACUGGUGCAUUACACCCAGAUGCGCCAGAAUUUUCUGACCUCUAGGUCUCAUUCUCAACUAGCCCAGGCGCGCACUGUCUUGAUCACAAAUAUUCCUGAAGAGAUGUGCGACGAGAAAGAGUUACAUCUAUGGGCCAGUUUCGUCCCCGGAGGCAUCCAGAAUAUUUGGGUAUACCGAGACACCACUGAACUAAACAAAGAGUACAACGCCCGAUUGGAGGCAUGCGAGAAACUCGAGUUUGCGACGUCAAAGUUAGUCCGUCAAGUUAUCCUAGCGAAGACCAAACAAGACAAGCUGGAGAAGAAAGCCGCGAAAGCUAAAGCCAAAUCUGAGGGUAAAGGGAUAGAACUGGUGGAGAAGGAGGCCCGAGUAGCAAGCGAUGAGUCGAAUGUGCGUCCGUACUCAACAGAUACGACGAGACCGUUGCGCCCUCGUACCAGGACUGUCGAGCUCGAGGCAGGGGUGGUAACGGACCACACUGCCAGUGUAUCUUCUCAAACUAUCCAGGCCGAGCCCAGCAACCCUGAAUCCCUCAUUGAAAAAUAUGUCCCCAAGAAUAAACGGCCACAUCAUCGACUCGGAUUCCUUGGCCUGUGGGGUAAGAAGGCUGAUACCAUUGAAUGGUGUAAGGAGGAAAUCGCCCGCCUAAACCGGGAAAUCGACGAGCGUCGUGCUGCUCUACGCGAGACAAAACCGUUAGGCAGUGCAUUCAUUCAGUGUAACCUUCAGCUUGGUGCACAUGUACUCGCUCAAUGUGUGAGCUAUCAUAAGCCUCUAAUGAUGGCCAAUAAAUGGAUCGAGGUUGCGCCGAAGGAUAUCAUUUGGGACAAUAUCGAUGAUGGCGCGUACGAAACACGUUUCCGUUACGUGACCUCGUGGUUAGGUAGUAUUGCCCUCAUUGUCCUAUGGUUCGUUCCCGUCGCCUUCGUAGGAACGCUAAGCAAUGUGUCCGCUCUAUGCGAGAAAGUAUCGUGGUUGUGCUGGAUUCAAAACGCUCCUACACCGAUUCCCGGUAUCAUCCAGGGUGUGCUUCCUCCCCUCUUCCUUGCAAUUCUUUUCGCCGUUCUCCCCCAGUUAUUGAAAGCUCUUGCCUGGUACGAAAAUAUUCCCCGUUGGAGUUUAAUUUCUCUUAGCGUUUACAAACGCUACUACCUCUUCCUUGUGAUACAUGGUUUCCUGGUUGUUACUCUGAGUUCGGGGGUGACUUCUGCGGCAGCCGCUAUUGUAGAGAAUCCUACGAAAGCAGUCACGGAGCUUGCAUCUCAACUACCGAAUGCUUCAAUAUUCUUCUUGACAUGGACACUCACUCAGGGUCUCACGGGAGCAGGCAGCGCUCUGUUACAGGUCGGAGUGUUGUUCAUGCACUUCAUCAAAAGAUGGUUCCUUGGUCGGACACCUCGUCAGGCAUACGCUGUCACAUUCCUCAUGCCAAUGGCUGACUUCGGGCUUGUCCUUCCACGCAUUUCACUCUUGGCCACAAUUGCUUUGACAUACAGCGUUUUGUCUCCCAUCAUCAAUGGUCUAGCCAUGGUAGCUUUUCUUUUGUUCUUCUUCGCAUGGAAGUUCUUGUUGACAUGGGUUUUUGACCAGCCGGAUGAGUCAGAGACCGGCGGACAAUAUUUCCCUCUAGCGAUCAAUUUCCUUUUUGUUGGGCUGUAUGUCGAACACUUUUGCCUCGCGGUUCUUUUCUUCCUGAAGGUUUCCGAUGGGGCCUCAUUCAUUGGCCUGGGUGUUCUAAUGAUUCUCCUCAUGGGUCUUACAGCAUCAGUCCAGAUCCUCUUUCAACGUAGUUUCGAUCCGAUAACCAAGUUCCUGCCUAUGUCAUUGGCGACAAAAAAAAUGCAAGAAAGGUGGGGGAAGGACAAGCACAGGCGCGAGCACCCUAGAGAAUCUGAAACGAAUGAUGACGAUCCGGAUCUCUUCAGUCGAGAAGGUAUCCGAUCCGUUGUCCGUCGACGCAUUAAUGUGCCCGUCCAUAAGUUGAGCAAGAAAGUCCAAAACGAUAUUGCAAUGUCAGUUUUAAAGAAGGACAAGGGGGGAGACGCGAGCGACUCUGAUGAAGAAACUGUAACCGUGAUCCCAGUAGCCUCGCAGUCCUCCCGACAAGCCUUAGCUUCAGCGCAUGCAGUUGAUGAUCCACAUAGUAGCUCAGAGCCUGCAUCUCCCCAUCCAUCGACAUCAGGAGAAUCCAUGAACUCAGCGAAAUCGAAAUCGAAGUUACCGACAUUCGCCCCUCCGUCUCCACCUGCCAGAUCCUCACAAGAUGGCGACGACGAGGACGAGGAUUUCGACGAGAAUGGCUUCAAUCAUCCUUCAACGUACACAGAACAACCAUGGGUGUGGAUACCAAAAGAUGAUCUCGGAGUGAGUGAAUUGCUGGUCAGGGAACUUCAAGCAGCCGGAGUGGGAGCGAGUGAUACCGGUGCAACAAUGGAUAGGAAGGGUACGGUGGAAGUGCAGAGGAAUCCACCUGAUGAGGAAUGGGCUGGAGGGCAUGAUGCUUAGUUCUCGGCUAGACCGCGGGUAAUUUGGAUAUCACAUACGAGACUGUUUUGGUAAUGGCUAUUUUGUAAUGUACACUCAAUAACUUGGAUAGAGGUGAGGAAAUGGGGGAUGGUCGUCGACGUACUCGUCACAGCUGUGCAGACAAGUGCUCUUCUGCGUUGAAAACUGCACUCUCAUCAGCACGAGCUCGCCGGGCCUCCAUGUUCAUUGGCCUUAGCAUGAUCCUAAGUUGUCUGCAGCAAGGAUUUGAGCGUGAAAAAAAAAGCAAGGGGACAACGAGGAAGCCAGUCACACUUUCCUCUCGCACAUGGGACCUAAAAGAGAAGUGCGGUAGACAUAAACGGAAACGAAAUAACAACAUCUGAUAAUU